AGGGGCUCGAGAGGCCUGGACCUGUGGCGCAUCCUCAGUGAGGAGGGCCGACCUGCACCCGUCGCCGGCCCCGGUCUCUAGGGGCUUCACCCGAGUCAUGCCCCGCUAUUGCGCAGCGAUUUGUUGUAAGAACCGCCGGGGACGAAACAAUAAAGACCGGAAGCUGAGUUUUUAUCCGUAAGUUGUUUCUGGAGCAGAAGCGUCAGCCUCGCCGUGAGGCCUUGGACCUGUGGCCUUUGGGCUUGGGUGUCUCCUGUCCGCUCUGCCAGUGAGUCCUCAGCUCUCCGUACGUGGCCCGUCGCCCGCGGCAAGACGGAGGGAAGGCGCUAGUUCAGUUUAGCUAGCAAUGCCCUUCUUGCGCGAGGACUGCGGGCUGGUGGCGAGGCCCAGGAGCCUGUUUGGGUGUUAACAGUUAAAACAGUAAAGUUUGCGCGGGCUUCUGUGGUUUUCAGUCUUUUCCCCACCUCACGUGAUCUCAUUUCAUUGAACAACAUUAACCACCAUUUAAGAUACGUGAAACCUGCGAAGUGGAAAGGUGCACGCAAAGUUAAUUUACACCCCCCGCGAGAUUUCCUCUACAUGACAAAGAAAGACUGGAAAAGUGGUUAAAGAAUAUGAAGCGAGAUUCAUGGGUUCCCAGUAAAUACCAGUUUCUAUGUAGUGACCAUUUUACUCCUGACUCUCUUGACAUCAGAUGGGGUAUUCGAUAUUUAAAACAAACUGCAGUUCCAACAAUAUUUUCUUUGCCUGAAGACAAUCAGGGAAAAGACCCUUCUAAAAAAAAAUCCCAGAAGAAAAACUUGGAAGAUGAGAAAGAAGUAUGCCCAAAAGCCAAGUCAGAAGAAUCAUUUGUAUUAAAUGAGACAAAGAAAAAUAUAGUUAACACAGAUGUGCCCCAUCAACAUCCAGAAUUACUUCAUUCAUCUUCCUUGGUAAAGCCACCAGCUCCCAAAACAGGAAGUAUACAAAAUAACAUGUUAACUCUUAAUCUAGUUAAACAACAUACUGGGAAACCAGAAUCUAUCUUGGAAACAUCAGUUAACCAAGAUACAGGUAGAGGUGGUUUUCACACAUGUUUUGAGAAUCUAAAUUCUACAACUAUUACUUUGACAACUUCAAAUUCAGAAAGUAUUCAUCAAUCUUUGGAAACUCAAGAAGUUCUUGAAGUAACUACCAGUCAUCUUGCUAAUCCAAACUUUACAAGUAAUUCAAUGGAAAUAAAGUCAGCACAGGAAAAUCCAUUCUUAUUCAGCACAAUUAAUCAAACAGUUGAAGAAUUAAACACAAAUAAAGAAUCUGUUAUUGCCAUUUUUGUACCUGCUGAAAAUUCUAAACCCUCAGUUAAUUCUUUUAUAUCUGCACAAAAAGAAACCACGGAAAUGGAAGACACAGACAUUGAAGACUCCUUGUAUAAGGAUGUAGACUAUGGGACAGAAGUUUUACAAAUCGAACAUUCUUACUGCAGACAAGAUAUAAAUAAGGAACAUCUUUGGCAGAAAGUCUCUAAGCUACAUUCAAAGAUAACUCUUCUAGAGUUAAAAGAGCAACAAACUCUAGGUAGAUUGAAGUCUUUGGAAGCUCUUAUAAGGCAGCUAAAGCAGGAAAACUGGCUAUCUGAAGAAAACGUCAAGAUUAUAGAAAACCAUUUUACAACAUAUGAAGUCACUAUGAUAUAGAAUAACUAGGUUUUAAAACUAUGGCUGUUAAAUAAGCUUUUUCCAGCCAAACCAAACUACAUGUAAAGUGAACUGUUUCCUGUAUAAAGUUCUCAUCUUAAUGAACCUAUGAGAGUGUUGUAAAGUUAUGAACUGUAUCCUAUUCUUGUAAUACUCAUUUAAGAAAAACCAGAGAGUUGGGCUGGAGAGAAAAGCAGUUUUAUUACUUGAUAAUUUUCCAAAUUAAAAUUUAGCACAUAGAAGCAUUCAGUUAUAACAUGAGAAAACAAAGAAGUGUUCAAAGAGCACAGACUAGAAGUCAGGUUUAGGAAUCAGUCCUGGUUCUACCACUGGCAUAUGACUUGGGCAAGUUACUUAUGAUUGUGCCUCAGUCCCUAAUUUGUAAAAUAAGCACUUACUGGAUUUCUAAUUGUCUGGUUAUUUAUAGUCCCUUCCCUUUUUAUUAAGAUACUUCUAUUAGAACACAUUGUCUGUAAGAUAAUAUAUACUUAAUACUAGAAGUUGGCUAGAAUUUGAUGAUAUUAACCAUGUAUUAUUUUCAGUAUUUAUUGAAUUCUGUGGUCUUUGACCUUUUGGCUAUAGUUACAUAUUACAGUUAUAUUAUCUGUAAUAGAAAGGAAGAUAAACUUUUUUUUUUUUUUUUUUUUUGAGAUGGAGUCUCACUCUGUAACCCAGGCUGGAGUGCAGUGGCCUGAUCUUGGCUCACUGCAGCCUCUGCCUCCCGGGUUCAAGUGAUUCUUCUGCCUCAGCUUCCCGAGUAGCUGGGAUUACAGGCACACACCACCACAUCCAGCUUAUUUUUGUAUUUUUAGUAGAAAUGGGGUUUCACCAUGUUGGCCGGGCUGGCCUCGAACUCCUGACCCCAGGUGAUCCACCUACCUUGGCCUCCCAAAGUGCUGGGAUUACAGGCGUGAGCCACUGUGCCUGGCCAAGAUAGAACUUUUAUAAUUUUAUUCCAGUUGAACUAAACUAAGGAACCACCCAUUAGCCCAGUUCUUAGGAGAGGUACUUCAAACUUGAAAGAAUAUGUAUUUCGGUAACUUAUAUGUGGCUAACCAUCAAAUACAUAGUCAUCUAAGCUAAACUUUCUGUAUUUAAACAGUUAAACUUAUAAACCAAAAAUUUUAAUGAGGUUAAUUUUAAAUAUAUUUUAGAAAUUACAGUUUGUAUCUGUUUCUUAGUAGGUGUGGCCUUUAAAAUAUGUGCUUAUUCAUUGUUAAAUUCCAGAAUAAUAGAGUAAUACUUAAUACUGUACAUUCCCACUUAUGUAUAUUUUAUUAAAAUUUAUAAGCAAGAAAUUAUACAUAAGUGGUCAUGAUCUUAGGGAGACAAAGAAUUUCUCUUAGAAAAGAGAAGUAAUGGUAAUGUAAAUAAAAAUACCGUUUAUAUUCACAUGAUUUUAAGAAAACUGUAAAAGCAAAGAUUUUGUAGUAAUGAUACAAAUGUAACAAAUAGAUGUUUUCUUAAAAUUGGCAGUCAGUAUAAUUAUGUUUCUGCCUAUGAUGUUGAGGAAGUUGUAUCAGUCUGAUUCUUAGUUUUUUCAUCUGUUAAGUAGAACGUACUAUUACUUACCUUAAAGGGUGGCUUUGAGAAUUUUGUAAGGAACAAACAUGUUUUUGGUUCUGGAAUAUAGGAGGUGCUCAAUAAAAGUUGACUCUGACUGGCAAAUAAUAUUGUUUUGUAAAUGCAUGAUGAUUAUUUUUGGCCAUAUUUGACUUAGUUUCAUUAGGCUAAUAUUAAUUGGUACUAUAUGAAAGUGAGUCAACUAAUUAUAAAAGAUUAGAAAUGUCUUAGGUGACAAUGGGGGAAAAACUUAAAAUUUUUGCAUAAAUUAUGGGGAGAUAAUUGAUAGAGUUAUUACAGUGUUAUGAAGUAUUCCCAUGUUGCAUUUUGCAAAUACUUAAUUUAAAAUAAUACAGAUGAAAAUAAUCUUGAGUCACAAUAAAGUAAUGAUAUGUUAAGUUUCAA